GCCAAGCAGAAUCGCGCGCGGAGAAGCGGCCGGAAGGGAGAACGCUGAGGGGGAAAAGGGAUAGGGGAUAGGGAUCUUACAAGCUGAACGGUUCGUUGUUAAAAUGCCUGGCAGAGGAGUAGCGGGAACGGACGAGAGGGGGGAGAAGAUGAGGCAGCAUUUGACAGUUAAAUCUUCAUCUACAAACUCUUCAAAGAAGAUGGUCCAAGCCCGACUGCCUUUCAAACGUCUGAAUCCUGUGCCCAAAGAAGAAAUCUCACAGGAGAAAAAACAGAAAGUGUCCCAUAAUAUGCCCUCUCUUGAUAUUUCUCUUGAGGAUAUGGAGAAUGGCUCUGAAAUUACAGAGUUUGGUGCUCUCCCAAAAGCUGUAAAUGGUGUGGGGCCUUUGGACAAUUACAUCAGAAGAACAAAAAAAACUUGCCUUGUGACUCCUAGUAUCACUAUUGACUUAACAGAAGAUUCAGUAGGUGGCAUUUUAGAUGAGAACCCAUCAAAUGGAAUUGUUCAGUCUAUACCAACAACGGGAAAUGUUCCAGUUUGUGGCACACAUAAUUCUGUAGCCUCUGCGCACAACUUCAAAGCUCAUGACACUUUAAGCAUAAAUAGUCCUGAACAUAGUUGCACAGUGUCUGAGUCGAAGAUAACUGAUGAUCAGGGCUUAUCCUCUCACUCUAUGGAGGUUCCUUCAGGGACAGCACUUGAAAAUACUACUUUAUUAACUUCUCCAGUAAAAACGAUUAUUGAUGAUCAAGACAUCUCAGCAGAAGAUAGUCCUGCUGGGUUUUCUUCCACAAGCUCUCCAGUUUCAACCAGUUCCCCUGAAGUAUCUUUUGGUAAUCGAAAAGAUGAAAGCAAUUGUGUGUCACCAACAUGUCUUAAUAAGAGCAAAGAACAGCAGGAAAGGAAACAAAAGCUGCAGGCUGAAAAAGAACAACAAAUCAGAGUUAAAGAGGAGGUAAAGCUUGCUAAGGAGAAAGCUAAGGAGGAAGCCAAGAAAAAGAAGGAAGAGGAGAAGGAGUUGAAAGCAAAAGAGCGUAAAGAGAAAAAAGAAAAGGAAAACCAGGAAAAAGCUGAAAAACUUCGCUUAAAAGAGGAAAAGAAAAAGGAGAAGCUUGAGGAUGCGGUGGACAGACGUCUGGAUUCACUUUCCAAGUCCAUCUUCUCCCUGGCAGGCGCUUCCCUGCGACCGGCCUUUGCGUCGGCUUGGGUCGCCAGAGUUCUUACGGCGUGGUUGCAGCACCACCACCAGGAUCUGUCAGAGCAGGACGUCCCUGCAGACACUCUGGAUUUUAUCCUCCAAAUGUCUCAGGCUUCUAAAUAUCUCUGUGAGGCUUCGAUGGAAAUCGGCUCCCUCUUUGCCCGUAUUUCGGCCCUCUCAGUCAUUCAGCACAGGGAGGUCUGGCUGAAGGUGUGGGAUGCUGAUGCUUCAUCCAAGCGUUCCCUCGCUAACCUUCCCUUUGAAGGAUCCAGGCUCUUUGGGGCCCAAUUGGAUGAGUUCAUUUCUGCCGCAACGGGGGGCAAGAGUACUCAUCUGCCUCAACCCAGGACCAAGCGCCCUUUUCGAUCUCGGGCUUCAGGUUCCCGGGUCCAGUCCUUUCGUCGCUUCUCCACUGCCAGGACGUCGUCGUCCUCGUCAGCUGGGGGAUCCCAGGACUCCCGCAAAAAGCCUUUCUUCAAGCCCCAGCCUUCUUGGCGGCCACUGGCGCAGUCAGCCCGUCCUCCUGCUCCCAAGCAGCCCUCCGCAUGA